UGCAGACCUGACGUUUACCUGAGAUUUACCAUCAAUACACAAAUACAACCGCUUUUCAUUUAGCAUAAAAACAGAUUUGUUUUGUUUCAUUUUCGAAGAGAUCGAUUAAUAUCAGUGAGUUAAAAUCUAUCUUCAGUGUUUUUCUCUGUUUUGCGUUAUUCCGGUGCGACUGUAAACGAGCAGAAUCGGACUAUAGCUUAUUAAUAACAUCACCUAUACCCGAUCUUGCAUACAGUGAGAUUACUGCAUUAUGAAGAAAACAAUACAUCUCAUUGUUUUAUUGUUUGCCGAUUAAGGAGUGGCAUUAUUAUAAGAAGAUCCCUGUUUGACAUCACAAGGGAAGCCAAAUUUCAAUGACUUAUUUUUUCCUGCAUCAGUGGUAUAUAAAAACCUUACAUAAUGAACUGUAUUGUUUUUAUUACCUCAGAGGCGUUUUUAUCUACAAACAACACAGGUGUCCUUACAUGGAAGUCGCCAUUUUGCACCGCCAUGUUUCUACAGUAGCCCUAAAUGGACAAACUAUAGUGCGUUUUGUCACCACUGUAUUUUGUCUUAGACGACAACAGGUUUGUCCUGUGGCUAUUGUAGCUUCUCUAUGCGUUUUGGUGAAUGGUAGACUAUGCCGUUGGUUGCAAUAUCACAUCUAGAUUUCACUAAAAUCUACACACUGCGCCUUUAAAAAAAAACAUUUUUGAUAAAUAGAAAUUCUAUCAGAUUUUAAUGGAGUAGCAGUGUUUGUGUCUGCAGGUGUAUUUGGUGUUGAUACUGAUGAAGCGAAGAUGAUGUCAGUGAUGGAGGGAGAUUCAGUCACUUUAAACCCGUGUGUUAAAAAAAACAUCCAGAAAGAGGAUAAGAUACGGUGGAAAUUUGGAGCCACGCGUGUUGCCGAGAAGGAAAUGGAUAAAGAGCCCUCGGUUGGCAUCACUCUAUAUGAUGGUGAUGAUGGGAUAUUCAGAAAGAGAUUGCAUGUGGAUCCUCAGACUGGAUCUCUCACCAUCAAAAACAUCAGGACCAACCACUCAGGACUUUAUGAAGCUGAGCUGACCUACAAAGAUAAAACAAUCAGAAAACUCUUCAAUGUCACUGUUAUUGGUGUGUUUGAUCCAUAUUCAUAUCAACUGAAGUCAGUGUCAGUGAUGGAGGGAACAUCUGUCCAACUUAAAACUUAUGUUACGGUGAAAAAAAAUGAUCUGAUGCUGUGGAAGUUUGGAAAUUCCCGGAAACAAUGCUCGUACAAUUCGAUCCAUCACUACCCGUGUCUCAGCGAUCUCACUGAUAUAGCCAAACUGGACAGAGAAACUCAAGAGAUCUCACUAGAUAAUGGUGAAGAUCAGCUAUUCACUGAUAAUCUCUCGCUGGACAAGCAGACUGGAGAUCUGACCAUCAGAAAUACCAGAACUCAACACACCGGAUAUUAUGUUCUACAGAUCAGCGGAAACAAUGAUACUCGCUACAGGGGAUUCAGUGUUACUGUCAGUGGUACAGAAUCACAGCAGUGUUUACAGAAUACACUCACAAUAGUUUCCCACGUGUUUGCAUUGAGUUUUCCAGUUGCAGUUGCAGUUGCAGUUGCUUUAAUCUGUUACUACAAGAAGAGAGCAUCUUCGCUAACCACCAGUGAUGGUGCUGCAGCAGGUCAACAGCUAGUGCCUAAAUCUACUGAUCCUGUUUCUUCCAUGUCUGAUUAAACCUCAGCAGAUGUGGAAGGUCAUUUGACUUCUGUGGUCACUGGGAUUGAUGUAACACCUACUCCAAAAUGCAAUUUCCAGCCUACACCAUGAAUCAGCAGGUCCUCCAGUUGAUCCAGCCGAGCUACAUUUUAGUACACCACAUUUAGUAUGCCACAACAUCUGACCACUCUUGUGGGUUUGCUACUAUUAGAAAUUAAAAACUGUAGAAAGGUAAAAACAUGCCUGGCAGAUAUUAUGAUUUAUACCACGGGUCUGUUGAAUGCUGUAUUCUGAUUGGUUGAGAAAUGUUUUGUGGGUCUUUUUCAGUAAACCGCACACCUAACUUGUCAAAUGUAUUACAAAUAGGCACCAGAGCAAUGUUUGUGGUAACCGUGGUAUAAGCCGAAUAAUUGACUCCGGUCCUUUGAAUUAUUGGAAAAUAAUGCACACCUGCAGUGUAAUGGCACAACGCAAGGGUGUGCAUUAUUUUCUUAUAAUUCAACGGCCCGUCGUCAAUUAUUUCUUACAUAAGGAACACAGCUACAAAUUAUAAAAUUCAUAAUGAGUGUGUUAGAUUUAUAGUGUGCAAAUUAUCAAGCAUUGACAAUAGUCAAUCAAUCGUAUUGGAAGCACCCAUGACCCCCAAAUAAAAUUCUGCUUAGUGCCCCAUAAAGGCUUGGGCCGGCCCUGAUUACAAGACAAUUACAUUCAUACACACACUGCAUAGUGAUUCUGCUGUUUUCUUAUAGAUCCCACACAACCCAGACUGAAUGAGGGACAAAGUCAGACUCAAAGUCUUCCUCUGUUGAGCCAUUAAGGAUUAAACUUAAAUAUGGGGGCUGAUUAACAUCCGACAUUUAAAGCAAAUUUCAAACAUAUACAAUAUACGCUUAGCUUUCAUGUGCCUCAUGUUUGUAUUUUUUAUUAUAAAAAUGUAGCUCUUGAUUGAUAAAUAAAUGAGAAUGUACAUAUUAUAUACAGUACUGUAAGAUGCAUUUCUGUAAAUAUUCUCUAUACUUUAUAAGCUAUGAUUAAUGUGAAUGUAAGGUCAGUACACAAUGUGUUUGUGUGAGACAGAUGAAAAACAGAUGCUGUACUAAACCUCAUGUUGAAGAUUGUGACGAUCCUUCAGACUGUAUGUACAGAAAACAGAGUUUAAGUCAAGUUGAAUACAAGUCUGUAUAAUACUGCUGUUCUAUAGGCUCUUACUGGACAUGCUUUGCUUAUUUCUAUACACAACAUUCAUGUGAACAAGUCAAACAUUAAUAAACACUGCCUUAAGAAGUCA